CCGAGGAACUGUCCAGAUCCAAGGCCACCUGUUCCGUCGACGCCGGCAGACUGUCCAGGCUACGCUGUCUGUACAUAUCUUUCACAACCAAGCGCCAAUCAAUCAAACCCACCACCGUGCCCCUCUGAUCACAGCUCGAUCCGCAGAGAGGGAGACAAGUUUGCGAUUUCUGAGGUCUCGCGUCCUCGGCGAUGGGCAAGAUGCCGUCGUACCUGGCGAUGAAGACGGACCCGGCGGGCACGGCGUCGGAGGCUGCGCAGGCGCUGAUCCAGUCGGACCUCCGAGAGCUGGGCGCGGCGGCGAGGAAGCUCGCCAACCACGCGAUCCUCCUCGGCGGCGGACUCGGCUUCGGCAGCUCUCUCUUCAAGUGGCUCGCCUUCAUCGCCGCCGUAUAUCUCCUGAUAUUGGACAAGACAAACUGGAAGACCAACAUUCUCACGGGCCUCCUGGUCCCUUACAUUUUCUUUACCCUACCUGGUGUGCUGUUUAACCUGAUCAGGGGAGAGGUUGGUUGCUGGAUUGCAUUUGUUGCUGUCGUACUGCGACUCUUCUUUCCAAAACACUUCCCUGAUUGGCUAGAGCUGCCAGGCUCUCUGAUUCUUCUCGCGGUGGUUGCCCCCAGCCUCUUCGCUGACAAAUUCAGGAACGACAUCAUCGGUGUCGGCGUGUGCCUGGUCAUUGGGUGUUAUCUGCUUCAAGAGCACAUCAACGCGUCAGGUGGCUUCAGGGCUGCCUUCAGCAAGGCCAAAGGUGUGUCGAACACCAUCGGCAUCAUUCUGCUCUUCGUCUACCCAGUCUGGGCCUUUGUGCUUUUUUAUCUGUAGAACAUUACCACUAUCAGUGUGACCCUUGGCUGGUUCAGUUCCUUCUGUUGUUUUCUGAUUCUUCGUGUAGAUAUUUCCUGGGUGAUUUGGUAUCCAGUGUCCGGAGCAGAUGAACUGGGCGUGUUGUUCUACCUGUUGAUAGACUGUUUUGGACAUGUUUUGUUUCCUUGCUGUUUUAGGGUUGGGGCUUUGUUUCCUCUAUUUGUGGGUACAUAACCAUCAAUAAGAACACCAUCUCUUGGUGCCGUAAAAGUGAAAGCUGUUGGAUAAA